AUGAUGACAGAAAAUGUGAACCUAGUGAUGAAAAAUGACGAUGAAAAUUCUGAUUUGUUCACUUUCUUGCCAUUUAAUGAGAAAAAUUGUAAUGACAUAAGACCUGUGAAAAUUAACACAUUUAAUUCAAAGAUCAAGAAAUGGAAAUCGAGGAAAUUUCAUGUCAAGAAGACAAAAAAUCUUUUUGGAUGUCCUUUGAUUGUUGGAUAUGCUGCUGGGACGAGUGAUCCUGCAACAAUGAUUUGUAAUGAUUCGAAAGGAAAUUUGGAACUUGCAGGCAUAGAAUUUGAUGUCGUUCUUGAAAUAUCAAAACGAUUAAAUUUCACACCAAAAAGCGACGAAUAUGGCGAUUUCGAGAAGUUAUUUCGUCCUUUCACUGCUGAUGUUUGGCUAGCCCUUGGAAUUAUAAUUCUCCUUGCUUUAAUCAUUAUAAUUAUUGAAGAAUUAUCAUCAGAAAAAAUUUACAAUUUCCUAAUUGGCGAUAAAAUUCGUCUACCCAAACGAAGAAAUUGA